AUGGAUUAUGGAGGAUCAAGACACUGGCAACAGCAAUAUGAACAGCCAAUGUACACACACCAGCAAAAGCAACAGCACUACAACAUCCUCCCACCCAUCUCCGCAUCACGAGAAGAUCUCCGACUGCACCAGCACCAGCCAACAUUAGGAAUUAAUCGCACACAACCUGCACUGUCAUAUCUAGCGCAAUACGAACCUGUCUUCCAACCAGCUCCACGCAACCAGCCCGCAAAACAGUAUGUGGACUCAUACUCUGCGCGGUACGCAGAUCGGAAGGCUACAUAUGAAUUGAGCGAUACAUCUGUGCUGCCACCUGUAAAGACUGGUAUACCUUCUGCGAGUACCAAGAAGAAGGUCAAAAGGCGAGACGGGUGGUUUGACGCGAGUAUGGAUAGUCGCGGACAGGAGAUUGAGAGGAUUAAGGGGCUUGUGAGGGCGCAUGGUAUUGAUGAGAGGUUUGGGAAUGGGAGUGAUGGGCUGUCGGGACCGCAAAUGUAUGUGCAGGAACCGCAGAUGUAUGUGCAGGAGUAUCAGCAGCAGCAGCAGCAGGCUGAGCAGAAAGCUAUUUUGGUGCCGGAUGUUGCUGUUGCUGCUGAAGGUGUACAUCAACAAACGCAAGCUCAGGCUAAAGCUGACGUGGUUAAAACGGACGGGAAACGGGAGAAAUCAGCUAGAGAUCGAGAGAAAGAUACAGCUGAGAAACAGUUAGAGGCUGAGAAGGCUAAGACGAGCAAACUGGCAUCACGUAUUCGGAAGUUGGAGAAGCAGCAGGAGAAAUUGAGUGGUGUGCUGCAGAAGCUUUGUAAUUUGGAAUCUAACGAUAGACUGAAUACUCUCACACCCGCCGUCCGAGCAUCACAUACCGUAGCACGCUUUUGCAAGACACGGGGCGUGGACGAUGCAGUAGAAGCACUUGUAUUCGCAAGUGUAAUCCCAGAUUCUGGACUUACUGAACUACCUGAAGGACCGACACUUGAAACAUUGAUUGCGUGUUGGGAUGUUGCGCAGAAUGUUAUCACGGAUGUGAGGUUGCUGUGUGGGAUUGUUCCUCAGCCGACGCCGGUUGUGGAAGAGAAGGCUGUUGUGGAGAAGAGUAAAGGGGGGAAUAAGACGCCUGUUGGUGUGAAAUCGCCACGGGAGCUUCAUAAUGAAUAUCUUGCUGAGAGUAGGAAGGAGGUUGUGGAUGUUGUUAGGCCGCCUGCUGGUCCGGCGCCGAUUGUUUCGUCUGCUUCUGUAAGGUCGAGGAGGCGGGAGAAUCUAAGUACUCGAACACCACCUGCAUCCUCAUCAGCAAGGUCGCCACCGCCUGCAUCUGAAUCAGAUAGACGUAGUCAACCUCCUGUUGCGAGCUUACUAGAUGUGGACCCACGGCCUGUACCUCCUCCGCCAAUACAGAAUGAAACGUCCGAGUUUGUGCUGGCACGGAAAUGUGGUCCGUGUGUUGGGAAUGUGAGAUGUAUUGAUAUUACAGAGAUUCCUGAAGAGAAUAUGAUUGUCCUCGUAACAGCCGGCGAAUCCCGCACAAUGUCCUUCUGGGACGUCCUAACCGGAUCGCCCAUAAUGCAUCUCGAUACCCAUACAUCCAAGCCGACACUAACGGUCUCCUUUCACAAGACACGGCCACAGUGGCUCAUGACAUCUGAUAUGGAUGGGGAUGUGAAACUGUGGGAUUGGAAGCGGGGUAAGAUUGUUAGGAUUUGGAGGAAGGUGCAUACGAGGGUUAUUGGCAAGUGCGAGUUUUGUCCGCUGGAUGAUGGCGGUGAAGAUCGAGCCGCAUCAUGUUCAUCUGAUAACAGUCUGAAGAUAUGGGAUGCAUCGGAGGAUAAGCCGAGAUUUACGGGUGUGAAUGCUAAUGAGCCGUUUACGUCCUUUUUGUUUUGUGGAGAUUCUCAGGCUGAAACACUCGUUGCAUCACUAUCAUAUUCAAUACGGAUAUACAAAACACGGACGCUGAUUUUGUUGCAUACGCUGCAGCUUGGUGAAUUGCGACUCAACAAAACUGCUGUUACUUCAUUACAACCACACCCAUCUGAUUCUGGAUUUGUGUUGAUCUCUUGUGAUUCGCAAUUACGAUUGGUUGAUUUACGGACUGGAUCAUCGUCUCGUGCGCUGGCUGCAAGGGAGAUUGCUCCUGGUACACGAAUUGAGGCCCGUGUAUCCCCACACGGAACAUUCGCAUACGCCGGCGGCAGCGACAUGAAAUCGUUCGCAUCAUUCAGCUCCCCCUCUAAAAGCUCGUCCAAGACUAUACAACAAAAGCAAACCGCUGCAUUUGGAGUGUUUAUAUGGAGACUGUCGAAUGGACGAUUGGAACGAGAUGAUAUGAUAUCUAUGUGUGAUGAUGAAGAGGCUAUGGCGCCUAUUGGGCAGUGUAAAUGGUUUCAUAGAAAGAGUGAUGAUAGAGAAGACAAUGCAAGUAAACUGCUUGUUGCUGUUGGUGGGAAUGGGAUCAUAUAUGUGUAUAGUUAA